GAGGAUACAAACAAUAGCGUAAUAAUAAUAUUGUUUGAUAAAUUGUAUAAAUUAUAACAGAAAUGGCAGACGCCAAUAUAUUAACAGUGCCGGCUGUUGAAAAACGCGUGAAUAAUAUGGGCGAUUUGGCUCAAUGGCAACGAUCUCGCGCUUACCACGAUCUAAUUGGCUAUGUCAAUGGCACUAGCUCAGCCGUACAGGGUAUCAGGAGCACAGAUGAAAUGUACGAAUCAGAAAUGCUGCGUAAAUUGUUGGAAUUAUUUACAGCGUUGGAACAGCUAAUGGAGCGUUAUCCACCGCUUGAGCAGCCGCAACGUUUUGGCAAUAAAUCGUAUAGAGAUUGGGCUGCUGCCAUGCGUGAGGAAAUGCCCAAAAUGCUGACAGAGAUAUUGCCCAUAACAAAGCAUAAAUAUUUGAACGAACUGCUGCAAUAUUUAAUGGAAUCAUUUGGCAAUGCCACGCGCAUUGAUUACGGCACAGGACAUGAGCUCUCCUUUAUGUUCUUUCUGUGUGCACUAUUCAAGGCGGAGAUAUUGCUGGAGCAGGAUAUUGUGAGCACAGCGCUGCGUGUGUUUAAAUGUUAUUUGGAGCUUGUGCGUCAGCUGCAGCGCACAUAUAACAUGGAGCCGGCCGGUAGCCAAGGUGUCUGGGCGUUGGAUGAUUUUCAGUUUGUCCCCUUCAUAUGGGGCAGCGCACAGUUGGCGGUCAAAAGCCCCUUUGAUCCUGCCAAGUUUGUGGAUGAACAGGUCAUUAAUGACUUUAAGGAGCAUUAUAUGUUCAUUAGCUGCAUUGAUUACAUCUGCAAGGUGAAGACGGGACACUUUGGCGAGCACUCCAAUCAGCUGUGGAGCAUUUCAGCUGUGCCCUCGUGGGUUAAAAUCAAUACGGGCCUGGUCAAGAUGUAUCAAAAAGAGAUACUGGCCAAGUUUCCUGUCAUUCAACACGUUUACUUUGGUGAGCUCAUGUCCUUCGAACCAGUUGCGCCCGGCACAGCGUUAAGCAAUGCACGGCUAGGAAACGUAGCACCGCCGCCUUCCAAACGAAUCUGCAUUGCGGCACCAGUGGUAUUACCACCGCCAGCGGAGGCACUGCUAGCUGAUGCCAGUGUCGGUGACUCGAGCAGUGAGAGCAGCGAUAAUAGCGUUGUCUUGCGUCCACGCACAGAAUCUCCCGCUUCACUAGUGGGCAUUGAGUGCUCCGGCUCCGGUGAUAAGCCUACGAAUCCACCGGAAGAACUUGUCAAGCCGCAGCCAACAGAGUAGAGAGACAGCUCAUGAGCAAGCUAUUCAAGAAAUUUGCAGUAGUAAUGUUGUAUUUUGAAUUCCAUUGUAUGCUAAAUUAUUAAAUUUAUCGU